CGAGAGCAGCAGCUCACGCCGUCAACACUUCUUCAUGGAGAGAAUACAGGCGAAACGUGAGAGAUUGAUUGAGGCAGUGGAGCUAUAUAAAGACUCAAAAUGGUCUAUACCCCGGCGUUAGUCUUCGGACACGGAAUGCCUGUAAUAUCGGAAGAAGACAGCAUCGUUGAGCUGAUGAGAAAGUUUAUUUAUCAAAUUACUUCCAGCGACAAAGGUGAACGCCAAGGAAGUCUGGAAAGCAGAGAGGAUUUCGACAAGGAAAAAAACUCUUCAAAUAUAUGGUUUGAGCCGUCGGUGGAAUAUGAGGAAGCCUUGCUCCAGCGGAAUGUGAGCCGGGAAAUAGAGAGUUGUCUCUCCAAUGCCAAAGUCUCGAGUCUCCGCUGUCAGGUGUUGCUCCUACCUCGCCCGCUGACCGCAAAAGUUGCCCGGGAUGUGGUGCGCUCCUCGGCGGACGAGCCUUGUGGGUUGCGUGGGGCGUCUAUCAGUAUCUACUUGGAGAGUAAAAAUGCCUUGUUGUCACUGGGAACCAUUUCACCAGAUCCGGGCGUCACUCCUACCUUUGAGCUGUCUGUCGUCUUCAAACUUGACAACGACGGUUGGCCACCACUUAAGCACAUAUUCGUUCAUGACAAAGUGUUGAAACUGCGCCCUGAAUACCGGCUAGUGAAGAAGAAACUCUACUCUUCUGCCAGCCCAGUUGUUCACGACUUUUACUGAUAAGAGAUGUUGCUUCUUAGUCGAUAUCAGGCCACCAUAAUGUACAUUCCCUAGGAUUUUGAAACGGAAAUUAUGUUGCACUAUAUCUGUUGUUGACCGAAAUGCACACCACUGUAGCACACCUAAUCGUGCUUAAGUGUAAAUUAAUGUAGACAGAAAUAAUGAAACCAGAAUAUAAAAGGGUUGAGUGCCUCUGAGGUACUACUUAAGUUAUGAAUGCAUACAUUUCAGAAGAAAUGACUGUGACAGAAUGCCAGUGGUUAAGACAACGAUCCCGCUCUGUUACUUAUAACCCAACAUUUUUGUACCAUUUAUAUUUUUGCAUGUAAAUUUGAUGUCUUACUUGAAAACCAUGGAAACCUCACAUUUGGAGCAAGCUGGUCUUGCCCCUGACUGCGUUUUAUUAUCUGACAAUUAUGCUGCAGUAUUGUUUAACAGAGGAAUGUCAAAUACAUACUAUUUUGCACUGUAACAUUAAAAGUACAAUCCCUCAGGCCAAAUCUGAGUAAUAUCAGUUAUCUUUUAAUAAACAAUUUUACAACAAAA